GACUUUGCUCAAUCUAAUAAAUAGCAUCUCUCUCACCCCUCGCACUCACCACUUGUUCACACAUCCACCUACAAACCACACUCACACCUCUCUGGUCAACUGUUCGACUACACCACUACUCAUACUCAUACUCACACUCAAGUCUUCACAUUCCGACUUGCAAUACCGUCAAAAUGACUUACACAAUGACCGCCCACCUCUGCAAGCAACUCUACGCUUCAUGGCGCCAGACUCGACAGCCUUCUCCCGAACUGGCCCUCCCAAACCAGACUCCCUCAUCUCUGAUGCGCCCUGCCUCUCGAUCCCCUUCACCUCCCGCUCAACGCUCUGAGCGACGCCCAUCGAAUGCUUCAGACUCAGACUGGGCCCCAAACAGACGCCACUAAACAAGAAGACUCGCGAACAAUUGUUUUCUUACUCACGACUUAUGAGAUGAGUCGACUUACUGCAUUUGGGACACGGCAUCUGGCGCAUAUAACUUGUUUACACCCGACGGAGUUCUCCCUUUACAACAUACGCGGUCUAUGACUUUCUCAAAGACGCCAGCAUUUACCUUCUGAAAACGUUUCCCAAUAAUAAUCUCGCACCCUGCAAAGCCCCAACAAAUCAACUACCAAAGGACUGUCCUCAGACGAGAUGCAGCAAAAACAGCCCAGAAAGAGUGGGUCCCGGUCGUGACCUUCUGGGACCGCAAAGUGUCAAUCACGGCAUUUCGUGCGAAAAUGGCACAAUGCAGGCACAUGUACAAAAUACUUGCGUAAUGAUGUACGAAUUGUACCUUCGGUUUGCCCGGUAUGCGGUUUUGUUAUUUCCUUUAUCUCCAGGCAACGAGAAUUCCGGCUGCAGACUGGCGAGGGCCAAGCUUAUUCAGAAGCAAAUGU